AUGAUGAUGGGCAAGCGGACUUCGGCAAUCUUCGAGGCGGAUGACGACCAUGGCAUGGGCUCCAGUUCUUUCGAGACGCCCUCGCACGCGCACACCAUUCACAUGCCGCGGACUGGCGCCUACCUACAGCGGGAUAUGUCGAUUGAUGGCGAUGAGGAUGACGAUAACGAGGGCUCUGCGACGACCGAGCUGGCCGCUAUCAUGACGACAACCUCUACGCCUGUCACCCCGGGCCCGUCCAGCCCACCUCUCGACCAGGCAAAACCCCAGGACUUCGUACCGCCGACGCGGCCUAGCAGCACUCCGUUCCCGAAUGCACAACAGGGCCAGACCGACAUUCGCUGUCUGCAUUGUCAGCCCGACUGCCAGGACUGCUCUGACGAUGCCAUGGCCAUGAGCCCGGCUGCGACCCCGACCAUCGAUCAGCAACCUCUGCUCGGCCUGAGCGCCCUCCCGGCCGAGAUCCACGAGUGCGUCCUGGACCAUUUGUUUGGGUAUCGUGUUUCGACCACGUCGCCGAGCUCGCUGAGCAUCCCGAGCGUCAAUGCCCGCAGUUGGAGUACCGCCUUGCGACACUCGAGGAGGAAGGAGUUGUCCAACUUGGCCCUGGUCACACCACUGUGGCGCUACCUGGUGCAGGCACGUUUGUUUCGGCACAUCAAAGUCAAGGCCACCGUCUCUGGGUGCAACGAGGUGGUGCAGUUCUUUACCGCCAACCAGCACCUGAGGGACUUUGUCAAGCACAUCGAGAUAUGGUUUCCCGUCUUUCAGCCCAAGUUCAACACGCCCUUCCCUACGAAUUCCUCGCUGGCCCUCCCCACCGUCUCCCCAGAGGGAAUCUCCAGCGCGCAGUAUGGGUUGCCCACGGACAAUGCCACCUUGGAAGAAGUCUUCUUCCUCGUUGGCAACUCGUUUUCCGAAGUUCAGGUGAUGACCCUCGAAGGCGGCGAGCGCAAGAAGGCGCCCAGGGUCCAGUUCACUCUCCCCACCACUUCGUCGCACAUGAGAGAGUUGCCAGAGGUCAAGACGGUCCGCACUUUGAUCAUCAAAAGCCAGUGGAACAUUAUUCGGCACUACAAGGACUGGGAGUACAUUUCCAACGCGCUUCCGAACCUGGAGGAGUGGCAUGGCACGUACGCCAAGCCCAAGUCCAAGAGCUAUCUGAGCAUGGCAGGCACCCUCGAGAUCCUGGACCCCAAGAUCACCAAGCUCAACCUCAGUCUAGAGACCGACUACCGCCGUGAGAUGACAUGCCCGCCAUACUACCUGAAAGUGUGCGAGCAGCUUCACUGGUGCGACAAGAUGGCCAAGGCGGCCAGCACACUGGAGCAUCUGUCAUACACCGGGCGUGUAUGCCAUACUUUCUUCGACAUGCUUGCCAGGUAUUCAAAUCCUCGGACGACCCGACUAAAGACUAUCGAUAUCACCGUGAAGAACUGCUGCCGUCAGAAUGCGCAGUGGAAUGAGUCCGGCUCGGGCAUCACAGACAUGCACUUCAUCAGUGCAUUCGAGCAGCUCGUGCUUGGGGGCAUCCGAUGUCUGGAGCGUUUAAAGUCGGUGAAUCUCUUGCGGAUCCGCUACGUGGAUCUAGAUUCGCCUGUACCUCCGUUGAACCCUUAUUUCCUCAUCAAAGACGGUUGGUGCUCUGGUGUUUGGAGCGACGACAUCGUUGCAGAACUCAACCGCGUCCGCCCGGACGCACGUUUCGAAGCAAUGGCAGAGAGCUUUGGUGAGGUCGGCUAUAACAAAGAAAACCGACUGGUUAUCAGCCCUGACUUCCCCAAGUCCCGAGUUCUCUCGCUAAAGCUCGCAAACUAUGCUAUGCUCUCGGGUGGUAUAAGCAUAGUGUAG